UAAAUAGAGCGACAACCCCCCUCGCUAGCGAGCAAGCAAAGUAGCAAACCACCACUAUCCACCAGUGCACACUGUGAAUCUGAACGGAAAAGGAUUUGGGAGUUUGUCCCAAAUUAAAUCCACCACCACCAUCUCGCUCGCUGCCUGCUGCUGAGGUAGCCUGAGAUCGAGCAGCAAGUCACAGCAACCAUAGCACACGCACGCAGCUGAUCCAGCGGGAUCGGAGCCAAGAAAAAACCAAGCUAGCUAGCCAGUCGGCGACGUGAAGUGUGUCGGCCCUGGCCCCAAUAAUCAUGGCCGGUGCCGGCGGCGGUGAAGCGGCGGACGUCGUGGGGGGCGGCGAGUGGCCCUUCACGGCCGACGACGCGUACUACGCUGACUCCUCGGCGAUAUUCGCGGAGCUCGCCGGGUGCUGGGCCGCCGGCGGCGGCGGGACGACGACGGAGGAGCUGAUGAUGUCGAUGAUGCUGCCGCCGCUGGAUCCGCCGGAGGAUCAUCAUGCCACGCCACCGCCGCCGCCCUGCUUGGCGUCGACGCCGACGCGUGCCGUGUCGGUGGACGGCGGCGGCGCGUCGUCGGCCAGCUCCACCGACGACGGUGCCGCCGCCGCCGCCGCCGCGCAGGAAGAGGAGGAGGAGGACGACGACGACGACGGGGCGCCGGCGGCCGCCGCAGCCACCGAGGCAGCGAGCAAGCCGCCGGCGCCGGGGAAGACGACGAAGUCGUCGGCGGCGGGGCAGAAGCGGGCGCGGCAGCCGCGGUUCGCGUUCAUGACCAAGAGCGACGUGGACCACCUGGAGGACGGAUACCGAUGGAGGAAGUACGGACAGAAGGCCGUCAAGAACAGCCCCUUCCCCAGGAGCUACUACCGGUGCACCAACAGCAAGUGCACGGUGAAGAAGCGGGUGGAGCGGUCCUCCGACGACCCCUCCGUCGUCGUCACCACCUACGAGGGCCAGCACUGCCACCACACCGUCGCCUUCCCGCGCGCCCACCACCUCCACGCCGCCCUCGCCGCCGCCGGCCACCACCACAUGCCAUUCAAUUUCUCUGCCGCCGCGCACCACCACCACCUCUACGGCACCACCAGCGGCGUCGUCACCGACCACGGCCACCUGCCGCCGCUGCUUCUCCCGACGACACCCGCGCCUCAGCACAACGCUCUCAACGACAGCGACAACAACGGCUCGCCGCUCGCCUGCAGGACGUCGACGACGACGUCGUCGCUGCUAAGGCCACUCGACUGCAACCACCAGGAGCUUCUGCUGGCGGCGGCAGCGAGCUACCCCUUGUCGUCCUCAGCUGCGAUGUCGUCGAUGCCAGUGCCUUCCAUGUCAACGACGACGACGACAUCGUUGCCGCCGCCGGCUAGCAGUGCCGUCGACAAGGGGCUUCUUGACGACAUGGUGCCGCCGGCGAUGAGGCAUGGAUAGUUAAUUGAUUACUUUAAUUAAUUCGAUGGAUCCAUGCAUCAGUUUAUUUGUUGCCUAUAUUAUUAAUCUCUGAUUGGACAGACAGAUCAGACAAGAAGAAUUGAUUGUAAACAUAUACAUAUAUAGGUAUAUAUAUAGAGUGGUGGUGUCAAAUGUCAACUGUCUAGCAAUAGCAGUCGGCAGCCUUGGAUAAAAUUUUAGUUACACAAGGUUAUAUAUUGUUCCAACCAAGAGCUCUACUGAUUAAUAUAUGUUGCAGUUAUUAA